AUGUCCUCUUCUACCAGUAGAAACCCUUCCACAACCUCACUUACUUCCGCCAAUGAAAGAGAACCAAGCCCUGUCAUCCACAGCUCAUCUGAGUCAUCAUGGGAUGUGCAAAUGGAAGAUUUCACCAAGGAGCUAACCUGCAUUCUGUGUCUGGAAUUGUUCCGAGAGCCAAUGAUCCUGCCCUGCGGCCAUAACUUUUGCAAACUGUGUAUCGAGAACAUAUGGCUAAAAAGAGGAGUGUUUGUCUGCCCAGAGUGCCAAAUGAGGUUUUUGGACAAAAGGUAUGUAGAGAACACAGUGCUGCAGAAAAUGGUGGAUAAGCUCAAGGGCUCUCACGUGGGGAGCUCCCAGCAAAAGUGCAUCGAACACAAUGAACCAGUGACGCUCUACUGGAAGCCACGUGGGAAACUAGCCUGCUUCAGCUGCCGAGAAGCUCAGAAACCCAAAGACCAAAGCACCCAGUUCCUUCUCAUCCCAGACGCUGUGCAGAUCUAUACGGAAAAAAUGAUCUCAAUGAGAAUUCAACUGAGGUCUAUCUUAGUGAAGUUAGAGGCAUUGAAGAAUGCUCAAGAAGUGAAUAUUUCUAAUCAUAAGGAGAACAAAUUGCAACUUCAAUACCACAUCUCCUUGGAAUUCCUAAAACUGCACCAGUUUCUUCAUUGCAAGGAGAAAAUGUUAAUUAAACAGUUAAAGGAAGAGGGUGAUAUCCUCCUCCAGGAAAUGGAGGCAAAUUUAAACCGACUCCAAGACCAGUCACAGAAUGCUAAGGAUACCAUGGGACACAUUCAGUCCAGGUUAUACCAGCCGAAUUCUGCUAGCUUCCUAAAAGAAAUAGAAAUGUUCAUGGACCGGGUGGAGAAGAAAGCACACCAUUCCUCUCUAGGUGAAUUGGUCUCAGGAUCUGUAAACACAGGGCACUUCAAAGGACCAGUGCAAUACAUGGUGUGGAAGGAAAUGAAGUCCAUCCUCAGCCCAGAUAUUUCCUUCCUGACUCUGGAUCCCACAACGGCACAUCCCAACCUGGUUCUUUCUGAAGAUUUGACCUGUGUGAGACAUGAUGAUUCAAAGCAAUCGCUGCCAGACACCCCAGAGAGAUUUGACAGCAGCGUUUCUGUCUUGGGGUCCAAAGGGUUUACUUCUGGGAAGUAUUACUGGGAAGUGAAGGUGGAGCACAAGACCAAGUGGACUUUGGGAGUUGUCAAAGAGGGCAUUAACCGUAAAGGCAAUUAUGCAUUGUCACCCAAAGCUGGCUACUGGCUUAUAAAGCUAAGGAACAAGAACGAGUUGAAGGCUGUAGAUACGCCUCCACGCUGCCUCACCCUGUCCAGCGUCCUCUGCAGAGUUGGGGUGUAUCUGGAUUACGAGGGGGGUCAGGUGUCCUUUUACAACGCUGACAGACUGACUCACAUCUACACUUUUAUGGACCAUUUUACAGAGAAGCUUUACCCCUACUUCUGUCCAUGUCUGAACGAAUCUGGGGAAAACAGAGAUCCACUGAAAAUUGUGACUUUCAACCUGUAG